AUGCCCUCGGGUAGUCUGAGCAGCUACAUGAGAGGCAUGGACCUCGGAGACUCACCGAUCUGCCUCAUCCCUACUCCGCCUCCGUCUCUUUGGCGCGAAAGGAAGAAGGAGAAGGAGCAGCAGAAAGCAGCUCAGUCACAGCCGCCGCUGCCAGGAGGCGUCGUACCACCAGUGAUUCUGCAGCAGCCGAAUAUCCAGCAACAAGGAUGGGAAUGGAAGACUUUUGCUAACCCGGCACGAUCGGAUGGUUUAGAGCUCCGUCACUGGCAGAGGAAGGGAAUAAAUCUAGAGGAGUAUCCGUUCGCCAAGUUCAACAAGAAGGAAAGUUUCAACCGCAUCGCUCCUGAUCCGAGAGCGGCGGUUCUGAAGUACAACGAGGAGGAAUACGCGCGACAUCUGACGGUUUCGGACUGGACGAAACAAGAAACUGACGAGCUCUUCAAGCUGGUGGAGAGAUUCGAUCUCAACUUCAUCGUCGUGAAUGACCGAUGGAAUCUCUCUACUCCACGGAGCAUAGAUGCACUCAAAGACAGGUUCUACUUCUGUCAGAGAAAGCUGGCAGAGCUCCGAAACCUUUGCGGAGAUGGCGAUGAUGGAGUUUUGAUGACGCACCCUUACAACUUGGAGUGGGAGACGCAGAGAAAGAUGGGGAUGGAGAAGUUGUUCACCCGACCGAAGGCAGAGAUGAAGAGCGAGCUAGUCAUCUUGGAGCAGGCUCGCAAGAUCGACACGAACAGAAAGAAGAAGUCACAGCCAGACAUAAAGAAGAAGAAAGGGGAGGUGGAGGAGGAAGCUGCUGCGUGCCCCCCUGGCUCUGUCGCUCUCCGGAGCACGAUCGUGACAAAGUCUGCGGAACGGCAAAGCGCACUCAAGUGGCUAGCGGGAGCAGGAAUCUAUAUCCAUCUGUCAUCCCAGCACACACAAGCGGCUUUCGUCCAGCUCUGCAACGAUGUCAUCACUUUGAUGGACUGGCAGAAAAAGGUCAGCAAGAAGAAGAAGGAUCGAGAAAGUUUGUUCGACAAGAAGCAGGAUCUUCUGCGCCCCCUCAAGAAGCGCAAGACUGCUCCUUCCCAGAGACUCCAAGACGGCCAGGCUGCUGCCUCGAAUCUCGUUGGAAGUGCAGGCGGGACUCCAAUACCAUCAGGGAAGGGAAACCGCAAGUGA